CUCAGUUCUCUCCUUCUCCUCUAGUGUUCUACGAACCUUCUCCGUGUCGAAAGGUUUCAACGAACUUCCUGAUACGAUACAUUGCUACUAUCUUGAUCUGCUUCCUGAUUCGUUUUUAUCUGAAAGAUAGAAAAUUCGUUAAUACGUUAUCAAUUAAUUACUUAAUCUUAAAUUUUAAUUAUGUCGGUGUUAUCUCAUUUUUACUCGUAUUAAAAAUUAUCGUAAUAAUAUUAAAUUUUCUAUCACACAUAGAAAAAAAGAGAAAGAACAAACGAGGAAGCGCGGGCUUUCAGGACUCAUCUCAGUUUUUUGAACGUAUAUACUCUGAUAAAUAAGAUGGCAAGGCAGCAGACAGCCGAUCGAAAUAUACCUCACUUACGUGACAUUUUCGGUUUUGGUAACAAAUGGGAAAAUGCACGUAUGCAAGCCGAAGAAAAGGCUGCUGGACAUGACAGCGCGGUUUCAGUAGGUUCAACUUCUGGCGAAGAAGAAAGUCCGAAGAAUAGCAAGAAGAAGAAGACCAGAAGACGGGACAAUAGUAAGACCCUUACCGAGAGCGAUGUCAAACAUUUGGAAAGACAUCUUUCAAUGAAGAAGACGAUACGCAAGAAGAUAAUGCGUGAUCUUCAACAAGCCUUCGUUGAAGAUCCUAAUGAGUUCCGCGUCGAUGAUAUACCACCGGAACAACUCAAAGCUGAAAUCAAUAUUCAGAGUCUCAGUUUCGGUACGCCAUCUCAAAAACAGGGACGCACGCGUGGCAAUGCCGAGAGCACGUUUCUUGAUAUGCUUAGAGCAGGUGGUGGUUUAGAAAAAAAUGGUACCGACGGUGAUAGAGAUUCUGGACACGGUGGUUCGCCAACAAGAGAGACACCUAGUGCCCAAGAUACCGAUGAUGAAUGUAGCUAUAGCUAUGAUGCUCCAACAGCGAUGCCUCCGAAAAAAAGCGGCAACUUUUGGAGACGUUUUACUAUGAAAAAUCGUAAUAAACGAUAAGGAUCAAUCGUGUGAUGAUUUCAUUCGAGAGUUUCGUUGACCAAACGCGAGGACACAAACUCUAUAUCGAUAUUUAUUAAUUUCCACCCUUUAUUACCAUCGUACCAACGUAGUUCGAGCAGAGAUUUGCAACUGUGAUAUGCAUUGAAGUCCAGUCCUACCCCUUUUGGAGAAAGAUUCCUCAUCCUCAUCCUCAUUUUUCUCUUCUCUUCUCUUCUCUUUUUUUUUCUCUUCUCUUCACUUCUUUUUU